AUGUCAACCGAGAAGCCGGGGCGCACCAAGAUGCUUGAACGACCGCGGGGUAAAGGCCUCUCACUGACCGUGCGCAGAAAACCGAUGCGAAAUUACGCUCUCACCUGUCCGAUCUGGACCGCCAUGAUGCUCGAUCGGGAGAUGGGAAGUUCGGAAGCGAGCCGACCAAUCGCAAUUCUCGCGUUUCCAUCACCAGAGCGUCACUCUCCCUUAUGCAGCCCGCAUCAACACACACCAUCCCCUUCUCUCCUUCCCAACCACUGUCGAGCCUCGUCACCACCGAUAUUGUUCAGCCAUGUCGCUCGCACGUACAAUCAACUACAUCCGCAAGGAAGGAAUCAAAAAGUUCUGGCGCGAUCUCAACUACAUCGGCGACGCCAAAUCCGGUCGUCUCGUAGGAACCGACAGGUAAGCCUUCUCCUUCCAGCGCUGCGCUUUGCUCUUCUCAGCGAGAUCAAGACACUGACCUACUCUGAUGCGAUCGCUUCGUUGGAAUGCUGUAGGAACGGUAACAAAUUCUACGAAAACCACAACGAGUUCAACCUCCGUCACAGAUGGGUAGACUACGCGGCGGACAACGAGUUCAACGCAUCACAGGUCGAUCCGCUCUGGCAUUCUUGGUUGCACCACAUCCGCAAGGACCCUCCUCAUGAGGAUGCUGGCAUUAUCAAGAUGACUCAAUCAUGGAUGACUGUAAGUGCGGCUCCUAGGUAG